GGAAGCGGGGCGGCGGCGGCGGCCAUGGCGAUGGCCGAGAAGUUCGACUCCCUGGAGGAGCACCUGGAGAAGUUCGUGGAGAACAUCCGGCAGCUCGGCAUCAUCGUCAGCGACUUCCAGCCCAGCAGCCAGACGGGGCUCAACCAGAAAUUGAAUUUCAUGGUGACGGGCCUGCAGGAUAUCGACAAGUGCCGGCAGCAGCUUCACGAUAUCAGCGUGCCUUUGGAAGUCUUUGAAUACAUCGAUCAAGGCCGCAACCCUCAGCUCUACACUAAAGAGUGUCUGGAGCGAGCUUUGGCUAAAAAUGAGCAAGUAAAAGGAAAAAUUGACACGAUGAAGAAAUUUAAAAGCCUGCUAAUUCAAGAACUGACGAAGGUGUUCCCAGAAGACAUGGCAAAGUACAAAGCUAUUCGAGGAGAAGAUCCUCCUCCCUAAAUUGGCCUUUGAUAGCUUUAAAAACAUCCCAUAAACUGACACCACCUUACAAAAACAUUGAUUGGAGCGAGGGGGAAUCCAGGCCUUUAUAACAACUGUACUAAAAAUGGCAGUGAUGGACUGUAAAGGAGCUUCAUGAUUGUUGAUGGUUCUGGUUUGAAACUACUUUAUCUUUGUGAAGACUUCUACUCAGAGACUCUAGUUGAAACUCCCUGUGGUAAUCUGCUUUUCUUUCCUGAAAGGUUUUAAGAGAUCUGUAAAUGCCUACAGGUUAUCAAUACAGAGCAUUUCCCACAAAGUGCAUUUCCAGAGCAGAAAAACACAUUUUUUUGGCCUCUGAAAACUGUGCCUCAGGAUUGUGCACUCAUCUGUUUUUAAGAGAAAUGCAUUUAUUACACUUGAUUUUUUUUUCCUUUGUAAACUUCAGGGGUUUUUUAAUUGCAGUGCAAACAGUUGUCUGCUUUCGUCUUGCCAAAUUCUGUCGAGCAGGAGCCUGUCAAGGGCUGCAGUUUUCAUGUGUCAUAAUUAGUUGCAGCCAGGAAAACCUUCAGAUGUUUUGUUUUGUUCAAUGAACUACAGUGCAGGUGGCUGAGGAUAGAGUAAGUGAGCAUACCUGGGGACUAGCUCCUCAACAACUUUAAUAUUUUGUACAGUAUUUAAUGUAAGCUUUUGUUUAUUCGUAUUCUGCAAACAGGCUGUUGAAUAAAAAUUUGAAAAAAAUCCAAA